UACUGUGUAUUAGUAUUAAAAUAUAAUCAUCUUUUUACCUCGUCAUAUUUGUGUCGUGAUACUAAGUUAAUGCAUGUUGCUGGAUUGUAAAUAAAUUAGGACUUUUCACUAAUCCAGACUAUCCCUUCCCCCUCCUGGUCCUAACUAGCGACAUUUUACUGUAUUCAUAUGAAAACCUCCACAUAUAGCCUAUAAAAGUCCACCAAACUCUGCGAAAGACGUCCAAGAUGCUCGCGUCUCUCCAUUCUCUAGCCGCGAAAGACAUGUCAAUUACUACGCUCAGAUGUCUCAGCAUAAUAUAAAUAUAGAGUUAUUUUACGAAUAGUCAAUUUCUCUGCGGGAUGGAAAUGUCUGAGUUUCUCCGCAGUUUCCGUAAAGAAGACGCAGGCGAGAGGGAAAGGUGAGCGGGAACGAAGCUCCCAGAAUUGUGAAACAGUUCAGUGGCUUUCGAUGCACACGGGUCGUCGUUUCGGUCGGACGUAGAAAUAAAUAACAACUGUUUAUUUGCGAAGAUUCGAAUUGUUUAGUGAUCUGUGCUGUGGAAAGAAAGAAAGAAAGAAGAAUAUUGUGUGAGCGGGCGUCCUAGUGCAUUUUCUUCUGACAGAGGAGUCAGUCGUUCAACGUCUCUGAUUUCUGAAAAUGUUAAUGAUACAUGAGCAAAUUAGCACUGGAUCACCACCGUUGACACCGAAGUCCGGACACGACCAUGACGAAAAACACCCGUCCAGUUACAAAGUUUCGUCAAACAAUUCGUUUAUCGGCCAAAAUAUGAAGUGGACAACUGUGAACAAUCUAAGUCCUAAAACGUCGCACGGAAAUCAGAGCUCUCAUAAGUGCCACUUUGAAUCCGUUCGGCCACACCGAGAGGUCAUUAUGGCCAGCACGUCGCAGUCUCAACCGUUCAACAAUCCGCGAGCACUGCAGUCGCAUAACAAUUCGUGCUUGGUUUCGAAGACUCAUUGCCAUGGAGUCAAGGGCACUGCAUCAAAUUAUCAACGCGAAAACAUGAAGACUGGCUUGCCGAACUGCCACCAUAGCAACUCGACCGGUUUCUCAACCACAUGUCGUCAUAUCCAAAAUACCAAGUCAAGUCCUCUAAAACACUACAGAAAACGCAGUUCGUCACGAUUCCAGUACAGAGCGUUAGUGCAGGAACACAGGCAGGCCGUGCCCAAAUCGCCUCCGUAUACGGCAUCUUCGCAUCUGCACCUUCGUUUGAAUACGUCUAAAGACAUCCGCAAACUCAGAGUCGACGGAAGUCCAUUUCAGAAUCUGACACAACUGGACAUGAGUGAGAACAGGAUUGAGACACUGGACCUCAGUGCGCUGAACAUGCUGGAAUGUGUUCAAUGUUCCAGAAACCAACUGACUGAACUUUCGCUCAGUGGCAAGGCACUUGUUUCGCUUAUUGCAGGAAACAACAGGUUACAGAAACUGCACAUCAAUCCACCACCCACACAUCUCAAGCAUCUUGAUGUCUCAUACAAUGAAUUGGAAUCACUGCCAGACUGGACUGCAAGCUGCUACCAACUGCGAGCUUUGUUUGCAAGUCAUAACAAGCUACAGGUGUUGCCUGAACAUCUGUUCUGCAGUGAACUAAGCUCCCUGCAGACCCUGCAGCUCAGUUACAACCGGCUGCAAACGUUACCUACAGUCAUCCGGCACAUUCCCUUGCAGGAAUUAUUCCUGCAGAGCAACAGUUUGGCUACCCUUCCUGCCAACUUUUUCAUUGUAUCAACAAGGCUGCGUGUGCUGAACCUGUCAAAUAAUCGUUUGUGUGAACUACCAAACGGAUGUCAUCAGGGUCACCAGCUGGAAAAACUCUACCUCACUGCUAAUUGUCUUGCUGACAAUUCAUUGGAUAUCCUUGGCAGGCUUGCCAACCUCCACACACUACAUGCAGCAUAUAAUUCUAUCACAACAUUACCUGAAAGUUGUGUAGCUGUUUGGACUGAACUGGAGGAACUAGUAAUCUCUGGUAAUAAAUUGCAGCAUUUACCAGACAACAUUAUACACCUCAAACACCUGCGGGUUUUACGUAUACACUCCAACUGCCUGCAGACCAUACCAUGCUUUGCUAAGAUGACAUCUCUCAAGGUACUGGACCUAGCACACAACUGUUUGGACAGAGUAAAUCUAGCAACUCUGGUUCCUCAGCAGCUCCAGUUUCUGGACCUGUCUUGUAAUUCUAAGUUGUAUGUGGACCCACGGCAGUUUCAAGUGUACAGAAGUCAUCGUCCAAUGAGCCUGGUGGAUGUCUCUGGACAGAAUCGUACCUGCCUUCCCUCAACCCCAUACACUGGAGGAGGUGAAGAUUUAGGGCCACCAUGGAAAGUGGGCUUCUCUGAGACUGCAGGACAACGAGAACGGCUUUAUAUUACGCAGAUCCGUCUGCCUUCGUUUUGCAACAUGGAAGGUCUGUUCGGUAUGUUUGAUGGAGGGAAUAACAAUGACAUUCCCAACAUCCUUACAAAAGCUGUGCCCCGUAUGCUGCUGGAAGAGAGAACAGUCAAGGAGACAGCUAGCGAGUAUAUGAAAUAUACAAUGCUUUCUGCUCACAGGGAACUGAAAGAAACUGGACAGAAGUAUGGUGUCUGCGGGACACUAUGUCACAUUGUCCGAACAAAGCCAAGUGGCUCAUCGAAUUUUCUUCCUGGAAGCCAACAUCAGUAUACGAUGAGGGUGGCUAGUGUCGGUGAAGCUCGAGCAGUCCUACGUCGCCGUUCAGGACUAAUCAACUUGUCUCAAACCACACAGACAAACCCUAAUCAUAAUCAGCUAGGGUGCAGUGCCAUGUUUCCACUAGUCAUUCCAGAUCCUCAUGUUACUGAAGUAGAUUUGGAAGAAACUGACGAGUUUCUGAUAAUUGCUAAUAAGAGAUUUUGGGAAGUUGUAAGCAUGGAGGAGGCAGCACAAGAGAUUCAAGACAUCAGCAAUGCCAUCUUAGCUGCAAAAAGGCUCCAGGACCUGGCACAGAGUUAUGGCAGUGAGGAGAAUCUGAGCAUAAUGGUAGUACAUUUUGGCAACCUGACCUGUACAGAUGUGGACCGGAUGUUGCGAGAGCUACGACACACGGUCCAGAAAACGAAACAACAGUGCUGCGGCAACUGCUGUUUUGGGGAUGGGCUCCACAAACAGAGGUACUACAUACAGAAUCCUCCAGAUGCAGACCGUUCAUCUCCAAGUGGACAGAGUGAUCAUGCCAGCAGUGACUGCAUGGGAAGGAACCGGCUGCUGGAACAAGACAGAAUGGCAACACUGUAUAAAAGGAACUUAAUGACAUCAACACAAUCUGUGCUUAUGCAUGAAAAUGGAACCAAGAAAAUAGGGCCAGCCAUAGAGAGACGUAGUUACAGAGACAGCAAACGAAGCAACAGUGGUGUACUGAAGGCAAUUCACAGUAAAUUAGACUCAUACAGCAAUGGACAUCUUGCAGACGCAGAAGAGGAGGAGACUGGUUCAGAUCGAUCAGGGACACAAGUGUCAGAGGAGCAGUUCAAAUGCUGGGAGUAUAUGCUAGAGCAGAAUACACAGCUACUGUUUGAUAAGGAACUUGAUACUCUGUCUAGAGGAUUUAGUCGACGAGGAAUUCCUCGGACAGGUGCUGCAUUGGACCCUUUGUGGCCUCAUCCAUCAACGUCACUCAGACAUGAAGGGAAAGCUCUCUCCCGGAGCAGCCCACAUCUUUCGGACUCAGCGGCUAUGCCAGCAGUUCCAUUCCUUUCCCGCCAUUUUGGUAGUGCUCGUUCUUUUAAUCCAACUGGACGGACAUCAGUGAGGUUUGGUUCGGGACGGCAGACAUUAAAUGGUGGACCAAAUGCAGCUUAUUUUGGAAGUUUACAGAGGCUCAUACCAUAUAACCUUGAGUACAAUUUCUCAGUGAUUCAGGAGAGAGGAGCAAAUCAAGAUUCUCUGGAGCAAGAUGGCCGCAUGCAACAGUACUGGGGUGUCACAACAGAAUUGUGACAUUGUAAUACUGCUCCUAUAUAUAUGAACUGAACUUACAAUUUAAUUUUACUUUGUAAUGUCCAUCCUUAUUACAUUGUGGUUUAAUAUUCUCUAUCUUAGCUGAAAAAUAUGAAAGUUAAUACAAAAAUAGUUUGAGAGAAUUGUGAAAAAACAAUUAAAUCCUUUUUAUGAAAAUGUGCCACAUAAAAGAAUUGUGCCCUGGUCAAAUUUCCCUGUUAACCAUAAAACUGCUACAUUUCAAAAGGCAUCCAUUAAUAUGUCUGGCUGCCCAUCUACAAGCAAAAGCAACCAAAUUAUUGGCUAACAAGCCAGACCUAUACACAAUGUUGUCAAGCCAUGUUAAUUUUAGUUUUGUUUGGUCCAGUGUAAGGGCUAAUUUACUUAAGAGAACAAAUUCAGCUUUACAUAUCUUUUAAGUCCUCUGAAAGAUUUUGAUAAAACCUGAAAUAGUUAAUAACAGAAUAUGUUUCCCACAUGAACAUAAGAUAACUCAAUAGUAAUAAACAAAUGAAAACAUAAACAAACUGGAAAUGAAUAUGUAGCAUGUAACUUGCUAUUCAGACACAGCCUCCAAGAAAUAGUAACACCUAUUUGACAUCUGGGUUAACAUGCUAGUCAAAGUGAUAGCAGCAGCAGCAAUGGUCGGUGAUAAGUGUGUGGGUCAUACUGACAGACAACAUGCUUCCACAUACUGAGUGGAUAUUUUGAAAUACCUAUUUAUAAAUAUGCAAAGAAUAAAUAAACUCACACUACAUUUAUUAACAAUAAAAAGAAUGUUACUGUUAUUAGUUUUUAUAAAUUAUAAUUUGUGCAACUUUUACUUUUUGACGUACGUUUCUAUUGUAACUUCAAGCUCUUCAUCUCUGCCAAACACAGCAGCCGCUGACCACAGUUGCCACACGAUCUUGGGUGUGGGUCUUCGUUGACUGGACACUAGGACUGUGGUUUCAUAUCCCACUCAAGGUAUAGAUGUUCAUCCUUCUGUGUUGUGUUGUUCUAUUAGUACACUUGAAAGUGACGAAUGUAUGUGUGCAUAGUAGAAGGAAUGUACUCAUAUGAAAAAGAACAAAAUAAAGUGGCCAGCACUCCUGCUUUGUAUUCAGGUCCUGGGUUCAAAUCCCAGCCCAGAGACCAGCUAUCCUGAGA